AUGUCAGAGCAGUCAGAAUCGCGCACCAAAACAUUAAAUUUUAACGUGGGAGUGCUGGGGCAUGUGGACAGUGGGAAGACUUCACUGGCCAGAGCUCUGAGCAGCACUGCAUCCACUGCUGCUUUUGACAAGAACCCGCAGUCCAAAGAGAGAGGCAUCACUCUGGACCUGGGCUUCUCCUCCUUCACAGUCCCGCUGCCCGAUCACCUGAAGGAUUGCGCCGGGGAUCAGUAUGACAGCCUGCAGUUCACCCUGGUCGACUGUCCAGGGCACGCCUCUCUCAUCAGGACCAUCAUUGGAGGUGAGUGA